GGUAGGAAGAUGAUGAGGUGGAUGCAGUAGAGGGAGGCGGAAUAGUUUGUGAGGAGGUGGUAGUGGAUUGUUAUACACACCUACCAUGCACCUGUGACUGGUUUCCAGGGUUGUACCAUCGCUGCCCGGCCUGAGGCCAAGCUUUUCCGUUGACGCCUGGUCAACCAGGCUGUUCGUGUAAACGUUAUAUGGGCGCGAGGAUGGGGUGCGUGGCCAGUAAGCCUGACAUCAAUGACCUACAUGCCAACAUCUUUCAAGUGGUGAAUGUGGAUGACCUUGGCCACCGCUUCAGUCCUGCUAAGCUGGAGGUGACUGACACCGAUUUGGUGCUUCACCAACGAGGCAAGUCUGCAAUUCGCUGGCCACUCCGAUGUCUCCGUCGCUAUGGCUUUGACGCAGAGCUGUUUAGCUUUGAGUCUGGCCGAAGGUGCCCCACAGGCCCAGGCAUUUAUGCCUUCAAGUGCCGACGGGCAGAGGCACUUUUUAACAUGCUACAACUCCAGAUUCAAAAUAUCACAGAAGAUGCAGCAUCUCGUGAUGUGGCUGCUCUUCCUCCUCAAGUGGUCAACGAAAGUAGAGACUUGACCCAUGAUGACUCCCGCAAUAGUGGGACUGUUGGGGCUACAGACCUUGAGGGAUAUUUGGAACCCGUGCAACGACCACAUACCAGAGUUCCGAACAAUAUAGCAGCUACCUCUAUAGGAGUACCAGCUGGUUCAAGUGCUAGUGCAGUAAAUAGUGUUGUUGGGGUUGUAAGUGGAAAUGUUGGUGGAACUGGUGUGACUUAUGGUGGGGCAACUGGUGUUGCUGUUGGUGGUGGUGUUUGUGGACUGGGUACAAUUCGUUCUCCUGCAUCUCCCCCUGCACAACUUAGCCCACCUCCUCUUUCCUUUUAUGAAAAUAGUUAUGAUGUAAAUCGAACUGAAGAGACCCCACCAACUCCAGGCCAUGAAAUGAGAGAGCCACCAUCUACACCAACAGAACCACUGAGAACAGUGUUUGUAAAUCAUAUAGAUAAAACAGUGUCCUAUGAAAAUCAUAGUGGAAGGCCAGUCUCUUAUACAAAUUCAUAUUCAGAUAGACCCACAUCACAGUUAAAUUCAACACAGUCGAAGCGCCCAAGAUCAUAUGUGAACAUUAACUCUAGUAAACCUUAUUAUGAUAUAAAUACAAAUGAUCUAGUGUAUGUCAAUGUAGGCCCAGACCGUCUUCAUGACCAUAACCAUGUAUAUGUUAAUCUUGGACCAGAAAAAGAUGUACCUGCAGUGCCUCCUCGACCGUCUCUCGCUGCAGGAUCUGCAGGAUCAGGCUCCUCCCAUUCUGGCACCACUACUACCACUGAUACCGACCACCACCCUCCACAGGUCAACUAUAUCAUCCUUGAUCUAGAUCAUGGGUCAGAUUCCUCUCAAGCAGCACCAGUCAGUCCAUUGGGAUCUGUAGCGUCUGGUCCAGAGUCACCACAUCCUUUAGCUGAAGGCUAUGCUCAAAUUGACUUUCACAAGACAGAUGCCCUGGGCCGUGCAGCAAAGGCAGCAUCUGCAUGGGAGGAUGGAUCAAGAAAAACAAGACAUAAUUCUACUUUCACAAACCCAACAACCCUGACACGCCACAACUCUUCUUUGUCAGACUGAGACACAACAUGAUUCUAGUGCAGGCUUCCUGUUUGAAUUAAUGAUGGGAGAAUACGAAGCUUGCCGUGUUGCAAAUUGGAUGUCUAUUACAGCUGAAAGUGGCUUCAUUAGGAACCUGCCACUGCUAAUAAAUAAUACAUCUAUGUGAUGUGCCCAAAAGCUCUCAGGAGCAGUAUUAUAGCUGUAUAUAGGUACUCUGACCAGGAAGUAUGUGCACAUUUCAGCUGAUAAACCUUUAAAGUAAAGGUGAACAGUUUCCUUCUUUAUACACUGAUGAUCAGGCAGAUAAUCAUACUUGUCAUUUGUUUACAUAGCAGUCAGUGUGGCUGUUUUUCUACCAAAGUGUGCCCCUUUGGCUGCUGAGGACCCAUGUGACCCUGUAUUGGGGGGAGGGGGGUGAACUGUUUAAUAUGAUUCCUUAGAAUUAACUUAGAUUCAGUUAAUUCAGUGUACAUUAGACAUAAUUAAAAUUAGCAAUCACUCUUUCAUUAUCACUUUCUUAGCCAUUAACCCUUCACUCAUCCUAUUUGGUAGCUGGGAUAUGGUAGUUGCUUUCAUGCAAGACAUCAAUAAGUUUCUUAUAUUACAAAGUCAGUGGUACCUAUUAACACAGAAUUUUUCACUACCCAUUGGUGCUUAAUUAUUUUAUAUUAAUAAACAUUAAUUGUGGAUUUCCUUUUAAUCCAAUAAUCACUGGCUAAUAAAAUGCAUAUUUUUUUAAAAUAUUUAAAUUAAUGUAAUUCAUUUUAUUUGAAUUCUUAUUGUGACUGUUUAUAUUACACUUGCACUUAUUUCAGUGUAAUGUGGCUCACUCAUUUUAUAUACAAUACUUUAAUUUGUAUUCUCAAUUGAUUUAUAUGAUAUGAAACAUUUAAAUUUUACCAUAUUUAUUGAUUCCUUGCUAAACUUAAAAACGUUAAAAAUCUAAAUCUUUUAUUAUAAAAGCAGGAAGACUACAUAUCUUAAUAAUCACAAGUGUCAAUAAUAUUUUAACAGCUGAAUCAUAGUGCAGUACAGUACCUUGCUUUAUCUCUACAUAUGUAUUUAUCCACAUAAAACCAGGUAAGGGAUCAUUAAACAACUAAUUUAUUAUAUACAGGAUCACGAGGGGAUGGCAACAGUUGAUGUAAACAUAGGUCACACAACCAACUGUCUUUACUAUAGUUUCUUCAGGCAUUCUAGGCCAACUCAUUUAUUCAUGCUUGUAAUUGUUUUUUACCAGCUCAGCUCCCCACUCAUCCCCAAACUUUUCUGUCUUAAGCAAACCUCAGUUUAGUAGGAAUAGUUUUUCAUUAUAUUUUUACUUAGUCUUAGUUUCUAUUAUGGAUUUCUCCAGUAACUGCACACUCAUUACAACCACCUUUUUAUUGGCCCAAGAAACUACUGACCUAGUUACUCUUGAGACACUUAUGCAACUAUGGGCUUAUUGAGGUCAAGAAAGGAAGAGGUUAACAGGGCAUGUCCAAGUUCAAACAUUCUUUUAUUUCUUGUCUAUGACCACACCACCCUAAUGGAAGCUGUUAACUCCCUGACCAGUGGACAUUUUAACACCCUUACUUCCAGUAUGCCUCUGAGGAAUAUGUAAAAGUAUUAAAAUUAAAAUAACAAUCCUUUUUCUUUAAAUUUGUUAUUGCAGUUAGGUGUCUUUGUAACUAAUUUGACAUAUAAUCUCUCAAAAUUUUUUCCCCAAAAUGUUAAGAACAUUACAAUUGACAUUUACAGUGUAUUACAAGAACUACGAGGCUAAAAUUUCUUAAUAUUAAGCAAAUAAAAAUCUUUAAAAAGGGAAUUGAUGCACAUAAUGCAGCAGUUCACUCUUGCACAUCUGUUUUCUUGCAGGCAUUUGGUGUAAUAUUGUCAUGUUCAGUAUCUUAAUAACCUUUCUAUUAUUUUUAAUUAAAAGGAAUUGCCAAAAUCUUUCAUUAGGCAUCCAGGAGUUUGUCCUGCUGCAUAGUCUAAUCAUCCAGUAAACAUCAUAAGUUAGAAAGGUCUUCUGCAUGACUUACUGCCAUUGUGUUUAUAUCGUUUGGUGCUUUUCGACUCCCAAAAACACUUUCCUAGAGCUUUUGUAUGUUUUCAUCAAGUUGUUGUACAGGAGGGCCCCGCUUAUACAUCAGUUAGGCCUUGUGCUUCUGUGGUCUCAUAUAAAGUGAUUAUAAUUAUUAUAAUCAUAACCAAGCACUAAACCCAAAAGGGUCAUAUGACUGGUAAAGUGAGACAUGCUUUUCCAUAAAUCUGUGUCACAGUACCUUUAUUAGCUGCUCUACUGCAUCCACCCACUUUUCAUCUUUCAUCUCUUCCCAUGAUUCUGGUUGCUCUAUUCCAAAUAACACUGGCACAGUGAUAGCCCUUCAUAUGAUCAUUUUUAACUGUCUUUCCCAGCCAGAGGAAUCAAACAGAUAAGCUGCACAACUAAAUAAAGUAGCCCCAUUUGAGCUUCUUUGCAGGCUCUAUGAAUUCUGAGAGCAUAGAUAUGGCUGGUUAAGAUUUUGGGGGAAAAGAGAGGGGCUUUCAUCCAGUUAGAGGCAAUACUGCACAGUGACUAGUGGUAUCUUGCUGGGUCACUCAGUGCCAGAUGCAAGACAGGGUAGAGUGACAGGUGCAAGGCAGGACAAACUGGCAGGGUGACUCCAUAUCCUGCAGUUGGUUAGUGGAACUACAUUUUCCUUAGGUUUGGCUACACCACAUUGAGCUAAGUGGUGUGAGCCAUUUGGUUCCUAGGGGCAUAGGUUGGUUGUCAUGAAAUAGUGUUGAGUGAGUCAAUGUUACAUUGUUUUCCCUUUUUACUUUGAUGGUACGGUUCUCACUAUAUGUUUUAGUGUUGGGGUAGCUUAAGUAAAGACUUUAUAAAGUCUAGGGUAAUACAUUCAUGAUUGGUCAUCCUCAGUCUCUGAAAUCUUUUCACCAGCCCUCUCAACAAGUUAUGUAUACUUCUAUUACAAAAAAUAGGGAUAUAUUCUAGACAAUAUACAGAAUGUACAAAUUAGAAAUUCUCAUUCGUAACAUAAUCUUGCACACUUUUAGCUGCCCUGCUAGGACAACCACAUGGUCCCUUCUGAAACAGUUAGCUCUCCUUUUCUCUUGAAGACCUUAACCCAGUGUUUUGACACACUGUAGUCACCCUGGGUAGAAUGGUUACACCAUAUUCAAGCCCAAAUCUUACCUCGGGGGCACUCACAUCCUGCCCAGAAACAAGAAAGAGGAGAUCCUUCCCAGCUUGAAGCCAAAACAAGAGUGAGGCAGAGAGAGGGGUCUCAGCUAGGCUCCUCCCAUCCACCCACCAAAACAAACAAAAGACUGUCGACAAGCCCAAUUCUUUAGCUACUACAAUAAUUUUGUUUUUCCCACUACUACACCUUAUUUUACUUUUAUGAUCACCUUAUUUUACUUUUUUAUGAUGUACUAUUUUAAUUGUGUGUGUCUAUAGUACAACCUAUUAUACUGAAAAAAACAUGCUUGACCCAACUAGUUUUUUCUCCAUAAGUGAUCUACUCUUAUGACAGAAUUAAAGCAAUUGUGCCCCCAUCAGUUCAGUAUAAUUAGGUAUCCCAGAGUAACUGUUACUUAGAUACAUAAAUACAUGUUGGGUCCUAUAGCCCCAUAACACCCCCACCUCCAGACGAAGUCUCACAAAAGCUAGCCGUCUCCCUCGGGAUACAGCUAGUAAAAAAAAUUAUCCUGAAGGUGGUUAGCAAGACUAAUAGAAGUUUUAACAUAUUACCCAGCACCAUAAAUGCUCUUCAUUUUACUGCUACAGUGGAACCUCAGUUUUUGUUUUUAAUUCAUUCCAGAGAGUCUGACGAAAACCAAAUUCGAUGAAAACUAAAGCAAUAUUUCCUAUACGAAAUGAUGUAAAUCCAAUUAAUCCAUUCCAGACACCCAAAAAUAUUAAUAAAAAAUAUAUUUUAUAGAGAAUAACUGUAGUUUUACAUACAGAAAACAAUGAGAAAUAAAUAUGAAGCACUAAUUUUAAUGGAUGAAUGAACAUUUAAAUCAGCUUUACCUUUAUUAAAGACUUGUUGGCAUAUGGAAAAUGGCAAGGAGGGGAGAGGGAGGAGAGUAUUGUUUGGAAGGGGAAUACCCUUCCAUAAGGACUUCAGGUAUCAAGUCCCUACCUGGGGUUACUUCCCUUCUUUGUCUUUUACUGGCAUUAAGACCAGCUUGAGAGUCACACAAAAAAUCUGUCCAGAGAGGUCUGUUUCUGGUGUCUCUAAGAUUUGCUUAAAAUGGGAUGUGGCAUUGUCAUUGAACAUGUUGCAGACACAGCUUGCAACAGCUUUGUUAGGGUGAUAUUUCUCCACAAAACUUUGCACCUCACUCCACUUUGCACAAAUGUCCUUAAUUGCUUUUUAAUUGUACUUUUCUACAAGUUCUUUCUUGAAUUCUAUUAUGUUUCUCACCUUCUUUAUCAAAGGGCUGGCACUUGGAACUUUCUUUGGCCCCACGGUGACUUAUUUAGCAGUCAGACUCAAUAAACAAGCAGAAAAAACAAUUGAUUAUUACAAAAUGUUUCGUAUGAAUGCGCAGGGUAAUGUUCACUCGACAAGAAACAAAGCCAGACUGACUCAGAAUGCAUGCAUGGGAUGCUUUGUGUGAGCAUGGGUGUGUGGACACGUUCAGUAUGGUGGACAAAAACCAAGGUGACAAAUGAAAACUGGGACAAUAUUUUGACGAUAAAAAGUCAUCGAAAAUCAAAUUUGACGAAAACCAGGACAAAUGAAAACCAAGGUUCCACUGUAUUUACAACAAGGUGAAGAUACUACUUGACAAUCUACAAAUAUUCGAGGCUAUACUGAACCUUCCCAUACCAUACAAAAUCCCUGAAAGGAACAAUACUGGAACAGAUUGUAGAGGUUUUUAAAAAAAAAACAUUUUAACCAUACCCACAUACUCAUCCUCAAAGGUGCAACUAUUAACAACUUUAGUGGCUUCUAAACACAACAUAUAUUACAAUGCAAGAACUGCACACAAUGCCUACUGUGCAAGCCAGCACUGACAGUCUUGUGCCUCCACUGUGAUCAUCCAGCAAGGAACUGGUACUCCAGGAUGGCAUCUUCCUGAUCAAGAGAUGAGAGUAGAGCCAAAUCCAAAGCAGUCAGGUAUACCCCAGGCAGGAAAUUUCACAAACAUGUCAAGACAUCUCUCACAUAGUGGCUGUACCAAACAAUGAGACUUAUCAGUUAGCACUCAUGAUCCUCAACAUGGUCAUACACUUAAGCCCAUCUUCCAAGGUCCCACUCCACACAGAUCCUAACCUUAUGAAGAUACAGAACAUGGAGGGGUCCAAGGACCACAAAGGCAAAUCUGUUGGGCCAUUUUAUACACAGAGCACACCAAGACUCAAAUAUACCACAUACCUUCCUGAACUUCUCAUGUCAUCAAAGGUUGUCAGUCUGUGCCUCAACUCGCAUAUACAUGUAUAUAUACAGUGGACCCCCGGUUCAUGUCAUUAAUCCGUUCCUGAGAGCUCAUCGUAAAGCAAAAUUAUCGGAAAGCGAAUCAAUUUUCCCCAUAAGAAAUAAUGGAAAUCAAAUUAAUUCGUGCAAGACACCCAAAAGUAUGAAAAAAAAAACUUUUACCACAUGAAAUAUUAAGUUUAAUGCAAUAGAAUAAUUACAAUAGCAAUAAUAAAAAUAGAAUAAACACAAUAGAAUACAGUGGACCCCCGCAUAACGAUUACCUCCGAAUGCGACCAAUUAUGUAAGUGUAUUUAUGUAAGUGCGUUUGUACGUGUAUGUUUGGGGGUCUGAAAUGGACUAAUCUACUUCACAAUAUUUCUUAUGGGAACAAAUUCGGUCAGUACUGGCACUUGAACAUACUUCUGGAGUGAAAAAAUAUCGUUAACCGGGGGUCCACUGUAAUUGACACUUACCUGUAAUGAAGAUCUGGUGAUGAUUGAUGGGAUGGGAGGAGGGGGGAGAGUCGAAGUUUUUAAUUUUUAGAAGGGGAAUCCCCCUCCAUUAGGACUUGAGGUAGCAAGUCCUUUUCUGGGGUUACUUCCCUUCUUUUAAUGCCACUAGGACCAGCUUGAGAGUCACUGGACUUCUGUCGCACAACAUAUCUGUCCAUAGAGACCUGUACCUCUCGUUCCUUUAUGACUUUCCUAAAGUGGUUCACAACAUUGUCAGUGUACAGGUUGCCAACACGGCUUGCAGUAGCUGUGUCAGGGUGAUUUUCAUCAAAAAAGGUUUGCACUUCAAGCCACUUUGCACACAUUUCCUUAAUCUUUGAAGCAGGCAAUUUCCUCACUUUCUCCAUCCCCUCCUCCGAAGCAGUUUCCUCAGGUCUGGCCUCUUGAUGAUCUAGCAGCUCAUCAGUGGUUAGUUCGUCAUUGUCCUCCUCCACCAACUCUUCCACAUCCUCCCCACUAACCUCCAACCCCAAGGACUUUCCCAAUGCCACAAUGGAUUCCUCAACUGGCAUAGGAUUCUCAGGGUUAGCCUCAAAUCCUUCAAAAUCCCUUUUGUCUACAUAUUCUGGUCACAGUUUCUUCCAAGCAGAGUUCAAGGUCCUCAUAGUCACUCCCUCCCAAGCCUUACCUAUAAGGUUUACACAAUUGAGGAUAUUAAAGUGAUCCUUCCAAAACUCCUUUAGAGUCAAUAGAGUUUCUGUGGUCACUUCAAAGCACCUUUCAAACAUAGCUUUUGUGUACAGUUUCUUGAAGUUGGAAAUGACCUGCUGGUCCAUGGGCUGCAGGAGAGGAGUGGUAUUAGGAGGCAAAAACUUGACCUUAAUGAAGCUCAUGUCCCCACAAAGUCGCUCUGACAAGUCUGUAGGAUGACCAGGGGCAUUGUCUAACACCAGGAGGCACUUAAGGUCUAAUUUCUUUUCAAUUAGGUAAUUUUUCACAGUGGGGGCAAAUGCAUGAUGUAACCAGUCAUAGAAAAAGUCCCUAGUGACCGAUGCCUUAGUGUUUGCCCUCCACAGCACACACAAAUUAGCCUUGAGGAUAUUCUUUUGCCUGAACGCUCUGGGAGUUUCUGAGUGAUACACCAAUAAAGGCUUCACUUUGCAAUCACCACUAGCAUUGGCACACAUGAGAAGAGUAAGCCUGUUUUUCAUAGGCUUAUGUCCUGGGAGUGCCUUUUCCUCCUGAGUAAUGUAGGUCCUGCUUGGCAAUUUCUUGCAAAACAGGCCUGUUUCGUCACAAUUAAACACUUGUUCAGGUUUCAAUCCUUCAGCCUCUAUGUACUCCUUGAAUUCAUGCACGUAUUUUUCAGCCGCUUUCUGGUCUGAACUGGCAGCCUCACCAUGCCUAAUCACACUAUGUAUGCCACUACGAUUCUUAAAUCUUUCAAACCAACCUUUGCUGGCCUUAAAUUCACUCGCAUCACCUCUAGUUGCAGGCAUUUUUCUAAUUAGAUCCUCAUGCAACUGCCUAGCCUUUUCACAAAUGAUCGCUUGAGAGAUACUAUCUCCAGCUAUCUGUUUUUCAUUUAUCCACACCAGUAACAGUCUCUCAACAUUUUGUAACACUUGUGAUUGCUGUUUUGUAAUCACAGUUGCACCUUUUGCAAGAACAGCUUCCUUGAUUGCCGUUUUCCUGCUCACUAUAGUAAAGAUGGUUGAUUGGGAUUUACUAUACAACUUGGCCAGGUCCGACACACGCACUCCACUUUAAUACUUUGCAAUUAUCUCUUUCUUCAUUUCAAUAGUCAUUAGCACCCUUGGUCUCGAAGGGUUGGCACUAGAAGCUUUCUUGGGGCCCAUGGUGACUUAUUUUGCAGAAACAAGCACCAGAAACAGUGAUAAUAUGGAUAAUAUGGAAUGUACCGAAUGUAUCCUUAGAUGUGCGCACACUGGCUGGCUUGUAAACACUGGCACACAUGGGGCAGUUCAGGCCACAUGUGGACACGUCUCGUAUGAAUCGUAUCGCGUACCGGGUUUUGUUACGGGAACCGGGGCAAUUUUUUGGCGAUAUAACGCUUUGGAUACCGGAUUUAUCGGUUACCGGUGACUUCGCGAACCGGGGGUCCACUGUACUUACACUCACUCUCGUCACACUCUUGGCUCCGACUCAUCUCUUUUACAGCUAGAUGGCUGGUAUGGAGCACUCAGGCUCGCCAAGAGUUCACCACUGCAAAAACAACAAGGUUAGCACAAGACAAACACUAUGUACAAAGCAUGCACCAUGCAUCUACAUGAAACAUCUAGAGAGCAUCAGCAACCACAUUCUCUGAGCCUUUUAUAUACUAUUUGACUUCCAAAUUAAAGGGCUGCAGGAACAAAGCCCUUCUUAAGAGUGAUUUUGGUCACCAUACACAGGAACAGGAUGAAGAGAUCCUGAGACAUAUACAAAUGCUGAAUAGCCAACCCCAAAAUGAAAAUUUUCUUUCCUGUGGCAGAAUGCUGACACACACUUAGAAUGUUAUUGAUAAAUAGUAACAAUUCUGCAACCUCUCGCAGUACAAAAACAAACACCAAGGACGUCCCUUUGCACCCAGGCUGUGUACAUCAAGUUUACAAAAAUACCUUCACGUUUCAUCUCAUACAUAAAUUUUAAGUGCACAAUGAGCCCAAUUGGAAUUACACACAUGGAAAUGGUACUGGCACACAGGCCAUGGAAAUCACAUCCUCCUGCCCCAUGUUUUAGUUUAAACAUUUUGCAUCUCUUAGUGCAUCAGUAUCAAGCUUUCUAAAUCUGUAAACCUUAGUUAACUGUACCUUAUGGCAGUCUGUGCAUAUGAUAAGGGUGCCAUUUAAUUUGGGAACCAUGAAGCAUGGAGGUGCCCACUUACUCUCAUUAAGCACUAAAAACUGAUGUUGGAAGAAUUUCACUUCUUUCUCCAUAUCCCAUUUUUCAUGCUGAUUUUUCCCUCACAAGAAUUGUUGAAUUGACUCAGCUUCCUUAACAAUUACCUCAUGGGGUUUCAACUUUUCCUCUUUACUGACAUCCCAAACUUUACAAAGUUCCACGGUGGCUGAGCCAACUUGCCAACAAUUUUCUCAGUAAGACCAAGCAUGUGUUUCCCAAAAUCAUUUACAAAUAUGGAAUUUCUUAAAUAUACUUUUGCCAUUACAUACAGAUUACUGUUUUGCACCCAUUUACCUACCAUUAAAACAUUGGUCACUCUGGAUUUCUGAUAUAACUUUAAACCCUUUAACCAGUUACUGUGUACAGUACUCUUAUUCUUUUUCUGCUCGGGUGUGUGGGUUUUAUACCUUACAUCUGAGAACUUCCCCCACACCAUGUUCAGCUCACAACAACUUGCUAUCAAGAUUUUCACAUGAAUUGGCUCCAAUGUCAGCACCUCCUCUCCAGCCUCCAAAGCAUUAUGGUCCACAUUAUAAUCCCACAUCAUCUUGGUGUCUGAAACUGAGAAAAAGCUCCGAGGAGGGAGCAUUACCAUCCUCCCCAAGACAAUAGCUCAGAGAUUCCAGAGUGCUUCCCUGCUCAGCAAAUACAAAGAGAGGUAUCCUCAUCCCUUCAUCUGAAAUACCUACAGGGAGAUAGCCAACUUGGUAUGCAGAUUCUACCCAUAAUUUGUGUACAAGUGUCCUUAUGGUCGAACCCGUAAUACCCUUCAGUAAUAUAUCUACCCCAGUAUAGGUAUCAUUAGACACUGGCAGCACUCCAGAACAUAGCAAGGAGUAGGUGCUACAUCCAUCUCUCAAGGACAGUACGUUCUCAACCCUACCCACAUCCUUAUGCAAGGCAACUGUGAACCUACUAGAAAAUACAUGCAUCCUGGGGUCUACACUAUUCAAAGAUUCCUCCUCACCUUGUUUUGAAGACCUAAUACAGGCAACUGGAUGUGUCCCUGCAGUUAGGGUUCCCUGGGAUGGUUCCUCCCUUUCCUGAUUCAGCCGCCUAGACCAGCAAAACUUCUGUGUGUGUCCAGUUUUAUUACAGUAGUAACAGGUAUAAUUUUUAAAAGUGUUUUUACCAUUUGGCGUAGGACUGGUACUGUUUAUUCGAGGAACUGAAACAUUGUCUGAUGGCCUAGGUAAACUUUGAGCUCCAGCUGACUUACCUUGUCCUUCUAUUUGAGAGGGUGCCUCAGUCUCUAUUUGUCCCUGAAAAUUCUUGUCCCACUUACCUUUAUGAUGAUAGGAUUUGGAAUAAGGCUUAAAACAAGUGGGGGUCUCCUUCUCAGUGGGGAGGGGUUUAGCCCUCCGGACCGUCAGGAGAUCUUGGCCUGUACCUGCUCAUUCUUGCUGGCUUCAGGGCACAUCAGGGACAUAUAACAUGCAGUUAUUAGUCAAACAUCCUUCCACUUUGGUCGAGGUUCCUUCUCCAAGCACUGGAAAGCCGGGCUUGAUGUGGCAUAUGCAGUCAGUGGCCCUACAAACCCCAACAACAACAAGAAGGGGAAAUUUCAGAAGGAGCAUGACUUUUUACUUACCAGUUUCCUACGAGCUAAGAAUCUGUCACCCAGAUCCAACACUGCUGAAAGAUUAUCCGGGUUUUUGUCCUCCAAAUAUUCUCUGAGGUCAACAGGGAUCGCAUUGUACUAUUCCUAAUGAACACUCAGAUCUACUAAUUUAUCAAAGUCUGUUCACUCCUUUGGAACAAAACUAUUUCUUAAAAAGAAACAGUUUCUCAUUCCUAAACUCAGUUAAGGACUGCCCAUCCUGAAAUUUUUGACUUUUGAACUUUUGCCUAUAUUUCUCAGGCAUCAUUUGGUAUGCAAGCAGUACUUCCUCCUUAAUUUUAUCAUAGUCAGAAAAAUCUUCCCCCUCCCGAGUCUCUACUCUUUGGAACCCUUUACCCACAAGCUGCAUGCAAACUAGGGUAGCCCACUCCCUUGUGCCAAAGCACUUCUCAAAAAAAAUGAAAAAUAUCUGUCUGGGCCACUCUGUAAACUUGGGGACAAAAUUUGCAGCUUUAGUUAUGUUAAAGUAAAGUACUGCUCAGACUCUUGUUCUGAACCUCCUAACCUUUGAUGUACUCUCUCCUUAGAUUUCAUUACUUUCAUUUCAGCCUAUAGUACAGCUAGUUUAAGUUUUAUCCUCUCCAUUUCCUUAUCACCUGGAGUAGGUGAUCCCUUAUGGUCACUGUUAAUGACAUGUUUACUGAUGAAUUAUUAUCCUCCUCACUGAAGACUGAAAAGUUUAAAGACUCAGCCUCUAACAUAGCUUUUAUAUCCUUAAACACUUGCUUCCCUCUUACAGUAUCAGUGGACAAAGUUUCCCCACAGGCAAAUAAAAUAACACAAGUUGAAUGUAAAAUAUGCACAUAGCACUUACCAUAACCACCAACAAAAAUGUGUUACCUAACUUUUCUCCUACCUAAGAGGAAAACAACCUGCAAACUAAUAUGAAAACAACACUUCCACUGACCCACCUUGGUAAAUCCUCUCCUACCAGAAACAUGUUACCCCAUACCAAUACAUAUAGUUCAAAGAAUGUUUUGAGUUAUUUCAGCAGUCAAAUGACUCUCCUGGUCAAGCUCCCAUGUUACGUUGUUUUCCCUUUUUACUAUGAUGGUACGGUUCUCACUAUUGUUCUAGUGUGGGGGGUAGCUUAGGGUAAUACUUACAUUCAUGAUUAGCCAUCUUCAGUCUCUGAAAUCUUUUCACCAGCCCUUUCAACAGGUUAUUUAAACUUCUAUUACAAAAAAUAGGGAUUCUAGAAAAUAUACAGAAUGUACAAAUUAGGAAUUCUCCUAUUCGUAACAUAAGCAUGCACACUCUUAGCUGCCCUGCUAGGACAACCACAUGGUCCCUUCUGAAACAAUUAGUCCUCCUUUUCUCUUGAUGACCUUAACCCAAUGUUUUGACACACUGUAGUCACCCUGGGUGGAAUAGUUACACCAUAUUCAAGCCCAAAUCUUACCUUUGGAGCACUCACAUCCUGUCCAGAAACAAGAAGAAAGAGAAGGAGAUCCUUCCCAGCUUGAAGCCAAAACAAGAGCGAGGCAGAGAGAGGGGCACAGCUACGCUCCUCCCAUCCACCCAUCAAAACAAUCAAAAGACUGUCGACAAGCCCAAUUCUUUAGCUAUUACAAUAAUUUUGUUUUUCCCACUACAUCUUAUUUUACUUUUAUGAUCACCUUAUUUUACUUUUUUAUGAUCUACUUAGUUUAAUUGUGUGUGUGUCUAUAGUCCACUGAGGCUUGACCCAACUAGCUCUUUCUCCAUUCUCUUACGACAAAAUUAAAGCAAUUGUGCCCCCAUCAGUUCAAUAUAAUUAGGUAUUCCAGAGUAACUGUUAUUAGAUACAUAAAUACAUGUUGGGUCCUAUAGCCCCAUAACAGUCAAAUCUAUUGGGCAGCAGGUUGGACUGAGUGGCAAAUUCUAGCAGUCUGGUAGAAAUGAAGAGCAUUUGUUUUAAAUGAAGAGCAUUAUGUUUUAUCAUAAAGCAUUUACUAAAAAAAGAAAAACAAUCAUAUUCCCUUCUGAUUGGUCCAUAUUCAGCCUAUUCAUGUUAUUCGCCUUGAAAGUAAUUACGCUAAUUUAUUCCGUACUAAUUAUAUUCAAUGGUUUUAUUAGUAUUGUGAUUGACUUACAAAACUGUAAGGGAACUUGAACUAGAGCAUGCCAUAGCCAUGCUGCAGUGAGUUGUCUAGAAAAACCUGUAUUUGUGGUCACAGUGGGGCCCAUGAAAACCUUCGUAGAGUGCAUAGAAAUACACCCAGUUUUAUUAAUCUAAUUAGGCCACUCUGGGUAGUGCACCGGCCUGCUAGUUUUAGGACUGGCUUGCCAUGGAAUCGAACCCUCUGUUCAGUAAGUUAUUAGUGUUUUGAGAAAAUAAUUAAAUAAUUUUAGCUCAGUUUCACCCCUUACAAAAUACAUGUAUAAUUUCAUCAUAACGCUGCUAAUUUUAUUUUAAAAUUACUGUAUUCAAAACCACAUUUUAACUUGGCUUUUCAAUAUGUGAUAACUGCUUCUACAGAAAAUUUACUGUACAUAAAAAUUUGUCAAAUUUGAACUUGUAUUCUCAUUGAAUCUAUAAGAUUAAUAUAGUAUCUUACUUCACAUUUACCCUCCCUUUCCUUGGAUCUAAUCUGAUCUGCCUCCCAUUUCUCUGGGGCUGUACAACCCCUAUGAUUUUAGGGGUCCCCAUGAAUGUAAUAAUAAUAAUCAUAUUCCUCAGUGAUCCAUUAUUAUAAUUAAAUUCAUGGGAAAAGUGCUAAACCUCUAUGGGUCAUGCAGUGCCUGGAGGAAUGAGAGACAAUCAGGUUCAGGGAAAGGGAGUGUAGGUCCCAUUCCUUAGAUCAAAAGUUCUUCACCAGCAUCAAGGAACCUUCCUCGAGGGGACCCAUUGCUAAAUUUGAAGCCAAUUAAAAAUAUUAAUCUUUUAUACUCUUAGAUUCAACAUACCUUAAUAAUCACUUUCGUCAAUAAACUUGGACUUGAAUAAUGUUACAUUACCUUAUACGUACAUAUUUGAUGUUCCACUUAAUAAUAAUAAGUGACUGUUAAAUGGCUAAUGAAUUUGGCAAUUAAACUGUCAAACAACUUUACAUAAAGUGGCAUACUGUACAGUAUACAAUUACAAUUUUAUAUGUACAGGAAAAACAGGGAAGCUAUUGUACAAAAAAACAGGCCACUCGUGUGACUGACAAAUACACAAUUUUUAACCACUCUAGGCCAGCCCAGUUACUUAUGCUUCUUACUGGCAAUACCACAUACUUACCCAAAAGCACUAACUCCAAAUUAAUUUCUGUCCCUAACAGAAGUGGGUUAUACUUCAACUAAGCCCCAAAUCACUGUACUCACUUAGCCAGUAACUGUUUAAAUUUAUUAGUCAUGUUUUUUUCAGUAGACUGGACAGACUUGUGACUUAGCUACUCAUAAGACAGUGAUUGACUAUGGGCUACUUGGGGUGAAAAGGGCAAAGGUUAAAAGCUCAGGUCCUAGUCCAAAUAUUAUUCUUAUUUUUGGACACCCCUCACAAUUAUACAUCCACAGAAUACGUAAAUUUAUUAAAAGGAAACCCUUGUGACCCAUCUUUGCCUUCUCAUCUCUGGCUGCUGGUGACUGAUAGUAUUCCUUUACAUUGGUCUUCAGGUCAAUCAUUCCUCAAUGGAUGCUCACAACCCAUGUAACUUUUUUUUCUUUGCCAGUCCCAUCCAUUUGGCUUUCAAGAAAAUAAUGUCUCUACUGAUUAGCCUUUAUAUUAACCCCUUUGAAUAUGGUACAGUACUAGGAUACUUGGUCACUUGUUGCUGAAAUAUCUGGCCUACUUGGCAUUUUGACAUACAAUUUCACUUUCCUUUUUUGUGGAUUAAUGGAUCAUCUCUUGUGUAGUUGAUAAAGACCUAGUUAAUUUGCUGUAAGUCCAUAGUUUAUCUCUAUACAGCUUAAUCUUCAUACAAUUAACAAUAUACAUACAUUAAUCUUACAAUUAGGCUCAAUGUUUGUGUUCAUGGACUUGUAGUGGAUAAAAUUUAAAUCUUUUAUAUACAUGAAGCAUUGCUGGUACUGAGGGUGAACUCACCAUCUGAACUUUUGUAAACAAUGUUAAAAACACUGUUAUGACAGUAAAAAUAACAAGCUAUUUUAACUUUUAUUAUUUUUUAUUAUUUAAACAAAUAUGGCACUGUUAUUACUGGUAAGUGUUUUUACCAUCACAGUAUUAAGAAGCUGAGUUCACCCUCAUUAUCUGUAGUAACUCAUCAACUUUUAGGAAUAAAAAUUCUGUGCAUAUUUGAUGAAAAUAUACUAAAUAUAUCUAAAUCAGUAUUCAUUAAAUUGCCUUGCUUGAGCACACAGUUAAUUCACAUAUUACGAUGUACAAAACAGCAAGAAAAUCAUUAUUGUUAUUGGCUUUUACUUAUUUUUUACAUAUAGUAUUGGUAUCUUAUAUAGUAUAUAUCUCAUGGUUGGAUGAUGAAACUGGACCAUAGCUAUAUUUUAAUAUUUAUAGAUACUUGAGGCCUAUCUUGGCAUACCUUAAGAAAGUAAAAUACAGUGGUAAAAUGUGUAUGUUAUUAAUAGCUAGCUUUCUACAGAUUUGUACAAAAUUUUAAUUUUAAUUGGAAAUGAAAUGGGGAAAUUACUAGGUGCUCAGAAUAGUUACUAUUAAUGUAAUUUCAUUUUCAGUAUUCUGCUCUGCAAAAUAUAUUGAGAGGUCUAUUUGUUAGUUUUCCUAGGAAGCAACUGCUGACAGAAAUUAUUGUUGCCUUUUGUACAAUUGCUGAUUUUUGUGUAAAUCCACAUUCAAUGCAGCACUUUUGGAUCUGCCACACAAUCAUACUUUACACUACACUAUUCCUUAAAUAUUGCUAUUUCUUAUAUCUCACCUGUACUGUUUUCUGAUCACAUGAUUUCCUUUCCUUCCCUUGUCCCUGAGGAAAACAGGUAAAGAUAUGGAAAUUUUUUAAUUUUGUACCAAUACUAACCUUUCAACCUAACCUACCAGUAAUAUGUAAUACAGGUUGGCCAUCACUAAUCUGGCAAUCAAUAAUCCGGUUCCAUCAGUACUCUGGCGCUAAUUUCAGCUAUCAUAACUUCAAAUUUCCGGGGUCGUCACACCAACCUGGCACUACUCUUUGGUGAUGCUACUUGCUGCAUAAAUCAUUCCAAUUUCUUUUUCUCCAUUUAUUGCUAUAACUUGCUCACUUUUAGCCCUAACCAUGGUUCCAGUGAAUAAGAGAAAUGCUUCUCAUUGUAUAAAGCACAUACACUAUACAUUGUUCAUAAAAGAUAAGGUGGCCUUGAAGCCACUGUCAGUCGCCAUGAGCUCAGCUCACUCAGAUAAGCUGUGACUUGUAAAUUUGGGCCUACAUAUGAGAGACUAGGUCUGUGUGGUAAGUGUGCACUAUAUAUAAAAAAUCCUACAGCACGCAGUGCAUAAUGAGAAAAAACUGCGACUGUGUUUAUGGUGUAAACCCGACUUUGCGGUGUAUUUUCGUAUGAUUUGUACGCUUGUACAGUAUUCUUGUUUUUUGGUCUCAUUUGAUAGAAUGGAAGAUAUUUUACAGAAAUAGAUAUAAUUUUGAUUGGUUUCACAUCAGAAAGUACCUUAAAACUGAGCUCAAGGUAGUGAAAAUGUUUGAUUUUUGCUGAUGUUCAAGAGUAAGCAAAUGAUGUCCACCAUCCAAUACGUGUCCAACUGGCCAGUCAUGAAUGGGUUGACAUUAUUUAUACAAUUAUUACAAUAAUGCAGUAGUCUACAUAACAGUAAAUCUUCUAUUUUUGUGUGUGAAUAAAAAUUCAAAAUGGAAAGCAAGUAUAAUAUAAGAGGGGCCUGGAGAUGUGACUAAUGAAGAGAGAAAAUUCUAUUUUAGUGCCAGGAAUAUCUGCAUUGUUUAUUCUGGACCCUAUUUUGAAAUUUGUAUGAAACUAGCCAAAGUACCGAUUUCUGACCACUUUAUUGGGUAGUUGAAAUAGGUGAAUGGGAGGUUUCUUGUACUCAUUCGACAGAAUAGAAGGAAUACUAGCAAAAUAGCUAUGAGUUUGGUAGCCUGGAAUAAUGGAAUGGGCCAAAAAUAGGGUGUACAGUGGGUGAAAUCGCCGAUGCGUAAAUAUCACUGUUUGGUUAAGUGUAUUCUAACCUAACCGCUCUGUAAUAAGGCAAAGUCACUAAACUGGCACCCUACAGGUUCCGAUGAUGCCGGAUUAGUGAUGGCCAACCUGUAUAUCCUUUUACACCUAAUCUAACCAAAAUUUGCCUAACAUUUAGUUAAUUGUUUUCCUGGGGAGGUGAUGUGAGUCUUUUGUCAGAGUAUUUUGUUGUUGUUAUUAUUAUUAUUAUAUUCAUGCAAAAUGAUAAGCCCAUAGGGGUCUCACAGCACCUGGGGAAUAUGAGGUAAUCAGGUUUGAUUCAAGGGAAGGGUAGCUCCAAUUCCUUGGAUCAAGAACCCUUCACCAGCCUUGAGGUACUCCUCAUAAAGGUUGGCAUUUUAUCUUUUCAUUCAUUUGUUUGCCUUCCUAAUUUUGUAUACUUGUUAAAGAAAUCCUUCAAAUCACCUCAGUUUUUGCUCCUCUCCUUCCCAAAGAUAAUAAUUAUUAAUAUAUUUAACGGGGAAGCACUAAUCAGGUAGAGAGUCUCCCCAACAUAAAAAAAAUUAAACUCAAUCAUUUAAGUUUUUUAUAUGCAAUUUUUUUUUAUUUUGCUCUAAAGCUAGUAUAGCAACUUAACCUAACCUUGCUAAAAUUUAUGUAAAAUAAUAUUGCUUAAUUUACCUAACCAUACCAAGAAUUUGUAUAACUAUAUUUAACUGUUUUUUCUUGGGAGAUGAGGGGGGAGAUGCAAACUUCAGGUGACCCAAUCAUUGUCAAAAACUCAAAUCUUAUAGUGUAAGCAAAUGACAUAUGGUUAACUUAAGUGAUAGCUAAACCCAACUAUAAUUUUUUCAUAUUUCUGAUAUUGGUAGUUUACAAUAUGUACUUGGUGUACAGAGAGUCAACUAUUCAACAGGAUCACCUGAAGAUUCACUUCCCCUCUUUACUCUCCAAGUAAAUUAAUGUAAUAUAGUUAUGCAAAACUUUCAUAUACAAUUUUGCAUUUUUGCACUAAAACUGUACUAGCAGCUUUACCUAACCUUGCUACAAUUUAUGUACCAUUAAUGUAAAAUAAUUUACCUAAUCUAUGAAUUUGCAUAUAGUAACUAUAUUUCACUGUUUUCCUUGGGAAGUCACAUCUUCAGGUGAUUGCAUGAAAAAUUCAGCAAGUAUUACCAGCAGGGAAUGCAGGUUCAGAUGUUACAAUUUAGAUAGACAACAUUUUCUUCAGGUUUACCUCAUUCUAAGAUCAACUGCUGCAAAGCAGCAUUAUAGGGUUUACUAUAUUUUCUUGUGCAAUAAAUCAAAGAAUUUUACAGUAUUGUUAACUGAAGCAAAGAGCAUCAAGAUUUGUAAUUUAGCGUCUGGUGCACUUGAAUACAGCUGACAUUACUAUACUUAUAAUGCAAGAAAUGUUGCUCAUAAUUCAUGCAACUUGCUUUUUGUUAACUUGAUUUUUUUCACCUUCCUCCUUAUUAAUAUGUGGAUAAAAUAUGACUUUAAAUUGCUUCAUUUGUUAAAGGAAUUUUUGCCUUUUGUUUUGUUUUGUCAGUUUAAGAGGGAAAUGACAGUAUUCAGUCAGUAAAGUACAUUACUGCAGUAAUACUCGAUAACUGUUGCAUGAAGUGUUAAAAAAUCUUUGCUAAUUGUUUUCUUAGGUUUUAUUAAUCAGAGUCCAGGGUUCAUAUGAUCCAGUCAAUAUUGGGAACAAUGGUGUGACACAAGUGGGCAACAUGGAAAAGGGUAGGGUACACUGGACUUAAGGGUGCUUUCAUGUUAUGGUUCUAAUAGAUAGGUGUGGCCACUGGCAUUGGUUAAGGAGGUUUCAGUAUAUGGGGAACAUAGAUACUACCAUACUACAUAGUGUUUACAUACUGUUGGAUUUACAUUUGUAAAGGUUGGUGAUGGACACUAUUAGUGCUGGUAGGGCAUAGGCACUGUUAGUGAAAUUUGGCAUGCCUUUCAAGUUUUGCAAAUGUAUAAUGAUCUUAGGUGGAAGAAUAAAUUUAUUUUUACAGUGUAGUAUCAGAAAUGGGGUAGAGGCCCUGCUGGCGUAACGUGGCACUGCUAGCAGGGCAAGGGCAAUGCUGGAAUGAAAUAGCAAUGCCAGUGGGGCAAAACAUCACUGCUGGUGUGGAAUGUAUUGCUGGAGUUACAUGCUCUGCCAGCAAAAUACAGUAAGUGCCAGUGUAGUAUGGUACUACCAAAAAGGCAGGAACAUUCUGCUGGCAUGGUUUGGCACUGCUGAUGUGUCAUAGUGCUGCUAGCAGAGGAUAGGCAGUGUUAGCAGGACAUAAAUACACUAAUUAUACCAUUAGUUCAGCAUUGGAGUCUUCUUAGCAUUAGUACAUAACUAGAUAACUUUUGACAUCUGUUCUCACAGCUGCAAGACUGUUAAAAAUUAUCACAAAUUGUAAAGUUUUUUAUGGAACACUUAGGAUAGAUUUGCACAAUUUGUGUAAAAUGCUUUAUGUUCCAUGCCUGAUGUCAGAAUGGUGACAUGCAGAUCUCACGUGAAGCUAGAAUGUAUGUGAUGGACUAUGCCCACUGAGGACCAGCCACCUGGCUGCUUCAGGACAUGCAGUAGUUCCCAGCAAGAUGCAUUUGUAUUAUAUAUAUCCAAAGACUAACCCAAGAUAAAAAUAUAUGCAUUGUUUAUUUGAAAAGAUUUUGACUAGAUUAUAAAAUGUUAUUUAC